AUGUCUCUCGGUCGAAUAAUUAAGGUGUCAUUAUUGGUACUUUCUAUCGCAUGUAUCGCUCCAAAUAAACCAUUACAAACGCUGUUUGCAUUUGCUUGCAUUGGGUACGUUAUAACAGCAUCGUUGAUACCGAAGCUCAUGGACAGCUUCAUUAGAAUAGGUCUCAAGGGUAAGGAUCUUUCCAAAGCACCUCCUGUGAAGGAAAUUGCUGAGUCUAUGGGGGUUGUAUGUGCUGUGACAUACUUGUUCCUCAUGUUUUGGUUGAUUCCGUUUGUUUUCUUCAAAUACUUGGUGAGUUUCACGUCAAUGUCAGACGAUGCAGAUAUGUCCAAUAACUACAAGGACCAGUAUCUGGCGCUUUCGAAUAACCGUUUGUUUCCACAUAACAAAUUGGCCGAAUACUUGAGUGCCGUAUUGUGCUUACAAAGUACAACUCUCUUGGGGUUGUUUGAUGACUUGUUUGAUAUCAGAUGGCGCCACAAGUUCUUUCUUCCGGCAGUUGCAUCGAUGCCGUUGUUGAUCGUCUACUAUGUUGACUUCAGUGUGACGUCUAUUGUUGUUCCGAGCUUUGUCACCACCAAAUUGCCUGGAGGCGAGUUCUUGCUUGAAUCGUUGAACACUCUAAUUCAGACAGGCAAUAAUAUUGUCACCUAUGUUACUGGGUUAUCUUUCCGUACGUUAGACAAUAACUACGUAUUGCCUACGGGAUCCCCCAAAUUACUUGAUUUAGGGGUUUUCUACUAUGUCUACAUGUCAGCGAUUUCGAUCUUUUCGCCAAACUCAAUCAAUAUUCUUGCUGGUAUCAACGGCCUUGAAGUAGGGCAGUCCAUUGUUCUUGCAGUCAUUUUUCUUAUUAAUGAUUUUUGCUAUCUUUUCUCUCCUGAUAUAUCGGCCGCAGCAUAUGACUCCCAUUUAUUUUCGGCCAUUUUCCUCAUUCCUUUUGUCGGUACAUCUUUGGCAUUGUUCCAAUUCAAUUGGUUUCCUGCAAGGGUAUUUGUAGGGGAUACUUAUUGUUAUUUCAGUGGCAUGGUUUUUGCAAUCGUUGGUAUCUUGGGUCAUUUUUCCAAAACGUUGUUGAUAUUCUUGUUACCGCAGAUCAUUAACUUCGUGUACUCUGCUCCCCAAAUAUUGGGAGUUGUUCCCUGCCCACGUCACAGAAUGCCCCGAUUCAACAUCGACGACGGUCUCAUGUACCCUAGCUUUGGAGAGUUGAAGUCGCUCUCAAAACUUCAGAAUUGUUUUUUGUCAGUGCUAGAAACUUUCAAGCUCAUAAAAGUAGAACGCACUACAAAGGUUACAAGGUUUUCCAACAUGACAAUCAUCAACUUGUGUCUUGUAUGGUUUGGUCCUUUGAGAGAGGAUAAAUUAUGCAUUUUGCUCAUGAUACUUCAGUUUUUAAUUGGACUUCUCAUGAUUUUUGUUAGACACACCUUGGGCCCUUGGUUAUUGGGCUUUGAUAACUUAACCUGGGGCGUUAAAUAG